AAACAAUAUUCCCUCAUGGAUACCGUUACUGCUACUUCGUCGACAUCAAGAUUUCGUUUCAGGGAUAUUCCCGUUGAUGAUGAUUCAACUGAUGGUCAUUCCAGUGCUGACAUUUCGUCUGUCUCCAGUGAACUUGAUGUCGAUCAUGAGCUUCAGUCUAUGACUGCUAAGGGUAUUACUCACCUUUGUUCAGAACUCCUUGAGUUGAAACGAGAGUCCGAGGAAGAUUUUCAGAAAAUCAUCUUCACAAAUUAUUCAGCAUUUAUUGGGAUAUUUGAAGGGACAAAAAAUCUAGAGAGUGACUUAUUGCAACUGAAGUACCAGGUUGUAAAGCAGAAAGGGCUCAUAAAAGACCUUACAAGCGGUGUUUUUCUAAAGUUUCUUGCAGAGGAAUCAAAUCUUGAAGACAGUUUCCCAGAUUACACAUCAUUGUCUAGCAUUAUUGAUGCUCACACAAACGAGGUUUCUGAAAUUCUGGAUGAUCUUCUUUCAGAACAUCGAUUGGAUGAAGCUAUUUCUUUCUUGGAGAAGGAAGCUGAGUUCUUCAAAGAUAGCCAUUUGGCAGAGAACCCUUUAACGGACGAACUGACGUGCUAUAACUCGAAAAUAUCAGAGAAGACCUCCAUGAUUGCAGAUCAGUUGACACUAGUAGCUAAAAAUCCUCGAGUUUCUGCACCUGAGCUGCAGAAAGCAUUGGUCGGACUCCGCAGAAUUGGUGAAAGUGAUCUUGCAACUCAAUUAUUGCUUAAGUAUUAUCAUUCACGUAUUGCAGCUGGCACACAUGAUUUGUUUUUCUCGAAGGCCUACACACACGAACUAUAUCUUCGAGAAAUCUCGAAGUUUUUAUUUUCCAUGAUCUCCCAAGCAGCUAAAAGUUUCACCCUCUUGCAUGGCGAGAAUUCUCCUUAUGAGUCGGAAUUACAUCAGUGGAUGAUGGAACAAACUGCAAUAUUUGCUGUCUGUUUCAAUAAUUAUGUUAUAUCCAUGGUAGAGCCAAGUACUGGCCUAUCAACAGCAGUGGAGGCUGUACAAUCGACAAUGGCUUAUUGCUCUUUAUUAGAGGCACAGGGAAUUGAAUUGCAAUCAACUUUGAUAGAGCAUAUCCGUCCUUGUAUACAAGAGGUCUUACAGAUCCAUGUAGAACACUUUAAGAAAGUUAUUGGUAUCUUUACCUCAUGUGAGACUUGGGUUCUGGGAAGAUAUCUAGUAUCAGGAAUUCUAUCGCCUGAUAUUUAUUACACCAACAGCGGCCAGCUAUCAGAAUAUUCUCUGCUUGCCAACAGUGGUCGGAAGUUCAUAACACUAAAUCAGGCCAUACUUGAAGAAGUUUUUCCUCUAAUCCAACUACAUAUGGAUGGCUUACUUCUGAGAGGCCUUCUGGAUCUUUUUACAGAGUAUACUGCUAUUCUCGAAAGCGCCUUGAUGAAUCAGAGAGAAAUUGAGGAAGUCGAUUCAAGAACCAAUAUUGCAGAGUCAGUAGAACAACAAGUUUCUCUGAUUGCUAACUUAUCAAAACUAGCACAAAUCUUCUCUAGUAUGAUUAGGAGGGCGUUCGGUGACACCUACCACUUGCAGUUAGAGAUUGAUAAUUAUGAGCUCUUCAUUAAUGAAAACUGUGGUCGUCUAAGAUCUCAAUUCUGCAAGCAAUUAAUUCUUAAAUCCUGGCCACUUGAAAGUAGGCCUCCUCCAGGAUGUUGCACUGAUCUAGAGCCCACCGUUUCUUACCAGGAACUGUAUUUCGCGUUAAGGAAUCUAAAAGAGCAUGACACUCUUAUCGAAAUGGAUUGGUUAAAUGAUCUAUUCAUUGAGCUGAUGGAGAUGAUGUUUGAGAUGAUUUUGGAUAAAGAAGAAAUUUCGAAAAUCACUGACGAGCAUUUGCCAAAUGAAUGGUGUGUCAAGUUUAUACAGCUUACUCUUGAUAUCCACUUUCUCCUUGAAAUUGCUAAAUGGGGAGGAUACUUGUCUGAUACCAUCAUGAAUGCUUAUUUGGAUUCUGAAUCUCGUAUGAAAUCCACAUUCCUCUCUGUUGGGAUGGAUCCUGAAAGGCACAUGAUCUAUGUCAAGUGGGCGACAAAGACCGCUAUUGAAACCCUACAGAAGCUGCAUGAACUUGAUAAAAAGGAAAUGCUUAGCGGUGAGUUUAUUAAUAAUACUGAAGAAGAAACAAACAAAUCCACUGAAUCGUUGGGGAGCAUUGAUGCUACCAAAUCAGAAGAGGUAUUACGAUCCCUGGAUCAAGAUAUUAUAGCUUGUAUCAAGAUCCCGGAAACAGGUAUUUUACCUAAGGAAGGUGAUGCAAGUGUUGUAGAAGAAAAUGGCUUCAUAAAUAGUAAUAACAUUGGUGAAACGAAACGGACUUCUGUUGAAGUUGAAGGAAAGAAAAGCAAUCCAUUAAACUCUGAAGAGGCAAUUGGAAAUGUCAUCAAUUCAUAUGGAAAAUCUUCAGUGCACUAAACUAGCGACCCACAUUAAUUUUGGAGAUACUAAUCCACUUACAAAGAGACCCAUAGCUACUCCGGUUGUUUAUUGAGAAGCUGACACUUCCAAGUCCAAGGAUGAGAACUGAUAACAAGUGUUAUGAAGCAGGGCUAUGAAGUUAACUAGUUACCAGUGUACUUGUCCGCGCCCGAAAUAAAAAUAAAAUAUAAUGAAGUAUUAGCUGUUCUUUUUUCAAAAGAAAAUUACUCCUUCUAUCCCAAUUUAUGUGAUACAGUUUAGAUUUUGAGAGUUAAACUUCUCUAUGUUAACCGUGAAUUUGGACAUAUAAUCUUUACUCC